GGCGUAAUCUCAUAAAAAUCCAAGUUUUUUUAGUAUAAAAGUCUCGCCUUUCUUCGCAUUUAUUUUUUCUCUGGGGUAGGCCCCCCUUGUUUCUCCGCGUCUUCUUUUCCCUACUUCUCCCCUUUCCACCAUCUUAAUCCCCAGUAAUUCCUCCGGCGCCGGCGAUGGGCUGCGCCUCGUCGAAGAAAGCGGUGUCGGUAACGCCGGCGCUGGAUUCAUCUGGCAUUCUUAGGGUUCAACGAGGAUCUGUUGUGGUGUUGGAGAACUCUUUGCGGCAGGAAGAAAGGAAGGUUGAGGAGCCUUCGGAAUCAGAGAAGGCGAGUUUGAAGCGCAUCGGCUCUGUGAGUCUUCGAUUGGGUAAUCUUCACAAGUACAUUGAAGGGGAGUUAGUGGCCGCGGGAUGGCCGGCGUGGCUCACGGCCGUGGCCGGCGAAGCGAUUAGUGGAUGGGUUCCUCUCAAAGCUGACAACUUUGAGAAAUUGGAUAAGAUAGGGCAAGGCACCUAUAGCACUGUAUUCAGAGCACGGGAUCUCGAAACAGGAAAAAUUGUUGCCCUAAAGAAGGUGCGGUUUGACAAUUUUGAGCCUGAGAGUGUUAGAUUUAUGGCACGAGAAAUACAAAUACUUCGUCGACUUGACCAUCCAAAUGUUAUGAAGUUGGAGGGGUUGGUUACUUCUCGGAUAUCAUGUAGCAUAUAUUUAGUCUUUGGAUACAUGGAACAUGAUCUUGCUGGACUUUCAUCAUCACCCGACAUAAAAUUCACUGAAGCACAGGUGAAGUGUUUAAUGGAGCAAUUGUUAUCUGGUCUUGAACAUUGUCAUUCACGAGGAAUCAUUCAUCGUGAUAUUAAGGGCGCCAAUCUUCUACUUAAUGAUGAAGGGGUGUUAAAAAUUGCUGAUUUUGGUCUGGCAAACUUCCUUCAACCUGAAAAUAAGCAGCCACUAACAAGCCGUGUGGUUACAUUGUGGUACCGUCCGCCCGAGCUUCUCUUAGGCUCUUAUGAUUAUGGAGUAUCCGUAGACUUAUGGAGUGUUGGUUGCGUAUUUGCAGAAUUGUUUCUCAAGAAGGCCAUACUGCAAGGAAGGACCGAGGUUGAACAACUGCAUAAAAUAUUUAAGCUAUGUGGUUCCCCAUCUGAUGAAUAUUGGAAUAAAUCCAAAUUGCCGCACUCAACAAUUUUCAAACCUCAUCAUCCUUAUGAGAGUCACCUUCAAGAGACUUUUAAAAUCUUGCCACAAUGUGCCUACAAUUUGUUAGAAGUAUUUCUAUCUGUUGAACCUCAAAAGCGGGGAACUGCGGCAUCAGCUCUAGCAUCUGAGUACUUCAGAACAAAGCCUGUGGCAUGUGAACCUUCAAGUUUGCCAAAAUGCCCUCCUACUAAAGAGAUUGAUGCAAAAAUUCGUGAGGGUGCACGCAGGAGAAAUAUUCUAAAAGUCGACGGCAAAGCACGCGCGCCAGAUGUGAGAAGGAGACGUUUAAGGGUGCACCAUGAAAGAGAACAAUCAAGUGGCUUGAAUACAUUUGCAAACCAUCAUGAGGCGGUGCCUCAAAUGACAAAUCACGGAACUGAUAGGAGUGGCGAAAAUAUAGUUUUUCCCAUCGUUAAAGGCGACGACAGACUUCUCGUCGAUCUUCAGCUAAUUCCAGCACUUAAGCACCCUGAUCAAGAUCCAAAUUCAACUCAUAUUUCUCAAAAGGACAUUCCUUUCUCAGUUCCCAUGGAUGUUAAUCCUUCUACGGGAUUCGCAUGGGCAAAGAAGCAGCAGGAAGAUAGUCCAUAUGAUAAAUCGCGCUGUAAAUCGAGCUCAAAAAGCAAUCUUUUUGGUGUGGAGGAGCCUUUAUUUUCUGCUGUUAGAGCUCGAGCUUCUUCUGAUUUAGAGAAUGGAAGAAUUGCAGAAGAGGAAGUUGAUCGUCUCAAGCGCAGCGAGCAUUACAAGAUGGUGAAGAAAGCGAUGCUGAGAAGUUGGGCUCAACUGCAACAUCCAGACUCAUUUGAUUCCUCUUCUGCAUUCCAUUCCCAGGAUUUCCUGAAAGGGGAUGAUGUUCAAUCAAAAAACAGUAUUUUGGUAUAUGAAGAUGGAGGAGAAAGGGUGGAAUUCUCAGGGCCAUUGUUGUCUAAAUCCCAAAAAGUAGAUGAACUGUUACAGAAGCAUGAACGGCAAAUUCGACAGGCCGUUCGACGAUCUUGGUUUCUAGGAGGUAGAAAACAAGUGAAGUGAAUCAAAGGUGUUAUUUUGAUACUCAACAAAGCUCUUUGAGCAGUGGCACUGAUAAGAAUGAGGGUACAUAUAGUUCCAAUUUUGAUAUUGGCCUUUAAAUAUGGUAAAAAUGAAAUAUAAUGGAAUUGCAGCUAUGUUUUAUGUAAUUUUUAUGAUUUUUGGGGAGUUGAGUGUAUGAUUAUCCUCAAAAAAAAAAAAAAAAAUACAGAGGAUUGGGCCUAUAAUUUGUAUAGAUUCUUUUUUGGGGUGGAUAAUGUUUCAGACCUGAAAAACUUAAUUGGCUGAUACCUGAAUGAGAUUGUUAUUCAUACAGCA